AAUGUCUUCGCGUUGGAGUUCUUCAUGAGCCAAAAUCUCUCUAAUUUCCCGCAAACUAUCAAAAUUUAGACGUUUUUCUUACAUGGGUUUCUCUAGUUUUACCAGAGAAAGGUGUAUACGCUCUUCUCGCGGCCAAAAUAAAGCUCUUCAGAGCACAGAAUCCUGCGGUUCAGAAAUGGAGAAGAGCAUUUAUGCAAUUCUUACCGUAGACCGUUGGGAGUCAUUGAAUCACAUGGAAUAUAGGUUGGCUUCACUUAGACCAGUGCAUGGGCAGCUGGCCUUGAAAUUCCUCAACUGGGUUACCAAACAACCUGGUUUGGAACCCAAACAUCUUACCCAUAUACUAUGCGUCACAACCCACGUACUUGUUAGAGCUAGAAUGUAUGGCGCUGCCAAAUCAAUUUUGAGGCACUUAACCCAAACGGGUAUUGGGCCAAAUUCGGUUUUUGGUGCUUUCAUGAACACAUACCCUCUUUGCAAGGCAAGUCCUGCUGUUUUUGAUCUUCUAAUUAGGGUUUAUGUUGGAGAAGGGAUGGUUGGCGAUGCUGUAGAGACUUUCAAUUUGAUGGGCUUUCGGGGAUUUCAGCCGUCAGUGUUUACUUGUAAUAUGAUUCUUGCCUCAAUGGUGAAAGAUCGGAGAGUUGGCUCAGCGUGGUCUCUUUUCAAGGAAAUGCUUGGAAGGGAGGUUUGUCCCAAUGUUGCUACUUUUAACAUAUUGAUAAAUGCAUUAUGUGUAGAAGGGAAGCUUAAAAAAGCAGGUUAUCUGCUUACAAAGAUGGAAGAGAGUGGUUGCUUUCCAACUAUAGUUACUUAUAAUACAUUGCUCAAUUGGUAUUGUAAGAAGGGGAUAUACAAAGCUGCAUUUGAACUGAUUGAUCAUAUGGGAUCUAAGGGCAUCAAAGCUGAUGUUUGUACAUAUAAUAUGUUUAUUGAUGAUUUGUGCAGAAACAACAGAAGUGCAAAAGGUUAUUUGCUGCUAAGAAAGAUGAGGAAAAGGAUGGUAUAUCCAAAUGAAGUGACUUACAAUACUCUGAUUAAUGGGUUUGUUAAGGAGGGAAAGAUUGGAGUUGCUACACGGCUUUUGGAUGAGAUGUCAUUGCUUGAUCUUUCACCGAAUUGCAUUACUUACAAUACUUUGGUCGAUGGGCACUGUAGCAAGGGUAAUUUUGAAGAAGCAUUUAGACUUUUGGAUUUGAUGGAAGCUGGGGGUUUGCAACCUAAUGAUGUCAGUUAUGGGACACUAUUAAAUGGGCUGUGCAAGCAGGCAAAGUUUCACUUAGCAAGAAGUGUUCUAGAGAGAAUAAGGACAAAGGGGUUAAAAGUGGGUUGUAUUGCAUACACAGCAGUGAUUGAUGGGUUAUGCAAAAAUGGGUUGCUUGAUGAAGCUGUCCGGUUGUUCUAUGAGAUGUUCACAGAUUGUGUCAAUCCUGAUGUUAUCACAUUUUCAGUGCUUAUAAACGGAUUUUGCACAGUGGGGAAGUUAAGAAGCGCAAAGGAGAUAAUAUGUAAAAUGUAUAAAGCCGGACUAGUACCAAACAGUAUCAUAUACUCUACAUUAGUUUAUAAUUUCUGCAAGAUGGGAAAUAUUACAGAGGCUUUGAAAAUCUAUACAGCUAUGAAUCGCAAUGGCCAUGACGUAGACCAUUUCACAUGUAACAUGUUGGUUGCUUCUUUAUGUGGAGCUGGAAAACUUGUAGAGGCAGAAAAUUUCAUGCAUCACAUGAGCAGGGUUGGCCUUGGUCCUAACUCCGUCACUUUUGAUUGCAUUAUAGAUGGCUACGGAAGUUUGGGUGAUGGGUUAAAAGCAUUUUCUAUGUUUGACGAAAUGAUUAAAGUAGGUCAUCACCCAAGUCCAUUCACAUAUGGGAGUUUAUUGAAAGGACUAUGCAAGGGUGGAAAUCUUGGGGAGGCAAAGAAUUUUUUGAAUAAACUCCACUUUAUUCCCUCUGCUGUAGAUACUGUUCUCUACAAUACAAUACUUGCUGAGAUAUGUAAACUGGGGAAUUUGCAGGAGGCAGUUGUCCUGCUUGAUGAUAUGGUCCAGAAUAGUGUGAUGCCUGACAGUUAUACGUACACCAUUCUUCUUUCUGGGCUAUGCAGGAAAGGCAAAUUGGUUGCUGCUAUCCUGUUGUUGGAGAAAGUGAUGGAAAAAGGAACUUUAUGUCCAAAUCUGGCGUUAUAUACUUGUUUGGUUGAUGGCCUUUUCAAGGGCGGCCAAUCAAAGGCAGCUUUGUAUCUUUAUGAAGAGAUGGAGAACAAAGGCCUGAACCCUGAUACAAUUGCACUUAAUGCAGUUUUAGAUGGAUACUCAAGGAUGGGAAAACUGGUUCAGGCAAAUGACGUCUUUUCUAAUAUGAUAAGCAGAAGUUUGUGUCCUAAUUUGGCUACAUAUAAUAUUCUCUUGCAUGGAUAUUCAAAGAAACAGAUUUUAAUAGCAUGUUCUAGAUUGUAUGGUCUUAUGAUCAGGACAGGUUUUCUACCUGACAAAUUAACAUGCCAUUCUCUUAUUCUUGGGCUUAGCGAGUCUGGUAUGUUGGACAUUGGUAUCAAAAUGUUGAAAAAGAUGACAAUGGAAGGUGUUAGAGCUGAUCAGUGUACUUUUAACAUGCUUAUUACCAAGUGUUGUGAAACCGGUGAUAUGCAGAAAGCCUUUGAUCUGGUUAAUAUAAUGAACUAUUUGGGAGUUCUUUCUGAUGUAGAUACUCAAAAUGCCAUCUUAAAUGGACUGGUUAGAGCUUCAUCUUUCCAUGAAUCCCAUAUUUUUCUGCAUGACAUGUUGGAAAAGGGUUUUACUCCUAAUUGUGUGCAAUAUAUCACACUAAUUAAUGGUAUGUGUAGAGUGGGAGAUGUACAAGGAGCAUUAAAGCUAAAAGAUGAGAUGGAAGCACUAGGUAUCUGUUCACGCGAUGUUGCUGAGAGUGCUAUGGUUAGAGGGCUUGCACGAUGUGGGAAAAUUGAGGAAGCCAUGCUGCUUUUUAAUUUCAUGCUUCGGAGGCAACUCGUUCCAACUACUGCAACUUUUACAUCUUUGAUGCACGUGUUCUGCAAGGUUGCUAAGCUCACAGAGGCUCUAAAGUUGAGGGGCAUCAUGGAACAUUGUGGUAUGAAGCUUGAUGUUGCUGCCUAUAAUGUACUCGUUUCAGGCCACUGCACUAAUGGUGAUGUGGUGGCUGCAUUUGAACUUUAUGAAGAGAUGAAACAAAGAGGACUCUGGCCCAACACCACCACCUAUACUGUUCUCAUUGAUGCCAUUUCAGCUGAAAAUAAUAAUACUGUUAAGGGUGAAAUACUUUUGAAGGACUUGCAGGAAAGAGGUUGGAUUUCUUGCGUUUGGGGUGGAAGCACCCAACAAUUAAAUGAGGGAUUGAAAAUCGCCAAGGAGAAAAUAAGUCUGUUAAUGAAAAACAAAAGGAAGCGAAAGGAGGCCAAAAGCAAAUAGGAAAAAGAUGUAAUUUGAUUUGGAAAACGUCAUAAACCUUUCUUCUGGAGGACUGGUGGAUGACGCUGACAUUGGACUUACGUUGCAAUGGCAGUUGUGGUACCCAUGAUUCUGGUACCUUGAACUGCUUCAACCCCUAUCUUCUGGUGACGUGUGCCAUGCUUCAUGCUUGAUUGUCGUGGGAGAUACCCAGACAUGAUAUAACUAAACUUACUUUCAAAGGAUAUUUAGAAACAAAAAAUCAUCUUUACCUUUUUCAGAUGUUAUGUGAAGCAAUGUGGGCAUGACUUCAUUUCUAUAAUUUAUGCAUGCUUUCUCAUCUAAAGAACUAGAAGAUGGAACCUAGCAACAGAGAUUGUCAAGCAACAAGGGCACAUCACUUCACAUGCUACUGAUGCGAGUUCAUUUGGGGUGGGGAUUCUUAUUGAGCACUGUGCACUGUCUUGUGGUCCACUGAUUGGAAUGUUAGGAAUAAAAAAUCAGUGGCACAUAGUAGCCGAUCAAUAAGUCUCGGUUUCUGGAAGAUGGGGAUUACUUACAAUAGAACAGAUAGCAGCCCAAGAGAGGUGGACGAAGCAACAUGAUGGCGAAAGAAGCUGGCCUUAGAGGGAACCAGAAUAGUGGUGUGUCUGAAAUUUAUUUAUUUAUCUGGCUGAUGUAUUGUGUCUCAAUCUCGCUUCAAUCUGCACCCUAUAAUAAUGGAGGCAGGAACUUGACUGUCGGAUAAUGUCUGAGAGGUACCGUUUUACAGAAUACAAUGCACUGCUGCUACGUGGCAGACAGUAUCUAACAAUUUAUUCAGGGACGGACUUGCCAUGGGGUGUCUAAACCAUGGUUAUAGCUCUA